GACGUUUCACUCAGAGAUCAGGGAAUAGGAGAUAGGGUUAGAAUUUAGGAGCUGAUUUUUUGGAUUAUCGGAACGCAACCCCGGUCUGACAAAAUGACUAACCAUCAUGCAACGCACUAGCAAGACGUUGAUCGCAAUUGCGCAGGUCUGCGUCGGUUUCGCUUGUCUCAAACGUUUGGAGUUCGGACUGUAAAACAAUACAGAAACUCGAUUUGACACAUUAUGAAGGAUAGUGCUUCUCUAUAAUAAAUAUAACCUGGUUUACACACGUUGUGCUGUGAGACCUGUCGAGAAGGACACGGAACACCGACUGGAAAAACCUGCUAGCUUGAAGACAGGAGAAUCAAAAUGGCCAACGCAAUACCAGAGAAGAUAAGGAUGAAUACUACACUAUUAGAAAACUUGGCGGAAGUGGCAAAAGAUGCAGCACUGCUGAAAGGUGUUCUAAUGAGGAUCCAAGAGACCCCCAACUCAUCAGAGUUGGUGACGUACGCUCCAUUCACACUUUUCCCCACACCUGUACCUGAGGCGGCGUUCUCCCAGGCGCUGGCUGUGCAGACGCACUUCAACACACUGGUGGACAAAAUCAGCCAGGAUGCUGAAUUCCUGCAGGACGCUCUAGCAAGCACCAUUGAGGUGGAUGAUUUCACUGCGAGGUUGUUCAAGAUCCACCAACAAAUAGUAAAAGAAGGAACAUCUCAGUCUGUGGUGUGUGGUCUCAAUCGCUCCGACUACAUGCUGGACCAGGCGGAGGACGGCUCCUCGUCUCUGAAGCAGAUCGAGAUCAACACCAUCGCCGCCAGCUUUGGAGGGCUCUCAUCCCACACGCCAGAUGUUCACCGACACAUCCUUCAGCUGGCCGGGCAGCUGGAGCAGAGUGAGCGGAUCCUGGACAACAACCCUGCAGCAGGCCUGGCCCGGGCCGUGGCUAAAGCCUGGGAGCUCUAUGGAUCAGAGAAAGCCGUCGUCAUGUUCUUGGUGGAGGAGGGACAGAGGAACAUCUUUGAUCACCGAUAUGUUGAGAAAGAGCUGUGGAACAGAAACAUUGCCACAAUGAGAAGGCGGUUCGAUGAUGUUUCUAAAACAGGAUCCAUGGAUCGGGAUAAGAGGCUAUUUGUUGAUGGCCAGGAGGUUGCUGUGGUGUACUUCAGGAAUGGAUACAUGCCUCAGAACUACAAUUCUGAAAAGCAGGAUUGGGAUGCUCGUCUGAUGAUGGAGCGCUCUCUGGCUGUGAAGUGUCCCGACAUCAGCACUCACCUGGUCGGAACCAAGAAGGUCCAGCAGGUGCUCGCCACACCUGGAGUUCUGGAGAAGUUCUUCCCCCACCAGCCCCAGGUAGUGGAUCAGAUCAGAGCCACGUUCGCUGGGCUCUACACUCUGGACAUGGGACCCGAAGGUGACCAAACGGUUGCCAUGGCGCUGGCAGCACCAGACCGGUUUGUCCUGAAGCCUCAGAGAGAGGGAGGAGGUAACAACUUCUAUGGGUCAGAGAUGUGCGAGGUCCUGCAGGAAGUGAAGGACGGCACCGAGAGGACGGCUUAUAUCCUGAUGGAUAAGAUUCACCCCGCCCCCGUCCAGAACGUCCUGCUGAGACGAGACGCUCCUCUCCAGAUCAGCACCUGUCUCAGUGAGCUGGGAGUGUUCGGAACAUACGUCAGAAAAGGUGAAGACAUGGUGCUGAACGAGUGUGUGGGCCACCUGCUGAGGACCAAGAGUUCAGAGCACUCUGACGGGGGCGUGGCAUCGGGGGUGGCGGUGCUGGACAACCCCCUCCUCUUCUGAGAGUCUACACCCCUCCCUGCUGCUUCAGACAAAAUAAAUGGACAAAGAUCAAGUCAAGGACCCACUUCUGAUUCACAUGAACUAGCCUUUCCUGUAAUACCUCAUUCACACCAACGCAACUCCGGUUCAAGCUCCAUGCUAGAACUUUUCAGGUUCAGUAGCUGGUCUCUUCAGUGGACCACUGCUGCUUGUUAAGUUUCUCCAUCGUUGUGUACAAACUAGGGCUGAACGAUUAAUCGAUUUUAAAUCGAAAUCGCGAUUAUCAAAUCGCAAAGCCUGCGAUUUUUUGUAAUUUUUUUUUAUUGUGUGUCAGUCAUCCACACCAAUCAGAAGUGCUGUGCUCCACAUGUACCAGCCAUUGUUAAUCAAU